CGAACGUACCCAAUACUAUUAACCCGGUGCAAGGUGCAAGUCCAAUAGCGAAAAGAAGAAUAUAUAAAAAGACUUUAAAGCUCCUCUUGACACCCGCACACACAAAUCUUAUCGAAACGAGAGCGUAAAUGCAAUACUCUUGAUAAUCGGGAAGGUCUAGCCGACCAAAGGUGGGUCGCUUGCGACACGAUCCCUGUUCCACGAAUUGUCGCCACUGCAAUUGUUGCGACGCGAUCGUUACAUAUUUAUACUGCAUUGUGGCAUUGUUUAUCAAAAUCGCGUUCAGCGAAGAAAAAAAAAAGAAGCUUCCGAGGGAUUGCUUUCUGGUUCGCAAAGACGUAAAUGAUGUCAAGCGAAAAUGAUAGUGAAAUGGAUUGUUCGGACUCCGAUUGUGGUGAUACGGGCUACGAAGAUUAUUAUAAUAUACAGCCAUGGGGUGGGGAAGUGGAUAACGAUGUGGAUCCUGAACAAAAUAGAAGAGAUCCAGAGUACGCGGUGUGCGACUGUUUGCGAGUUGAAGAGGUAGAGCGACUCUUGAAUGAGAGUGUAGAAGUGUUAAGUAAUAGCCUUCACAUAACGCCAUCGCUAGCCAAAGUAUUGUUACAUGCACACAAUUGGGCGUUACAAGAUAUUGUCACUAAGUACCGUAGCAAUGCUUCCAGUUUAUUGAUUAAUUCAAAAAUUAAACCUACCCCGGAACAAAUGCCAGGAUCAAAAAGUCAGAAAGGUGGUGUGUGUUCAGUUUGUGUUAUGGUUUCUCCUGCAGAUAGGUUUUCUACACUUACAUGUGGACAUUCAUUUUGCAAGGACUGUUGGUGUAUGCAUUUUGAAGUACAAAUAACUCAAGGUAUAUCUACCAGUAUAAGUUGCAUGGCACAAGAUUGUGAUGUUCUAGCUCCAGAAGACUUUGUUCUUUCUUUACUCGCUAAGCCUAACAUGAGAGAAAGAUAUCAACAAUUUGCCUUUUGCGAUUAUGUCAAGUCUCAUCCACAACUUCGAUUUUGUCCUGGUCCAAAUUGCCAAAUAGUUCUGCGUUCAAAGGAACAACGAGCAAAAAGAGUCAUGUGUUCAUCGUGCAAAACUAUAUUCUGCUUCCGAUGUGGUAUGGAUUAUCAUGCACCUACCGAUUGCGGUACAAUUAAAAAAUGGUUAACAAAAUGUGCGGAUGAUUCCGAGACAGCUAAUUACAUUAGUGCUCAUACCAAAGAUUGUCCAAAAUGUCAUAUCUGUAUAGAGAAGAAUGGUGGCUGUAAUCACAUGCAAUGUUACAACUGUAAACAUGAUUUCUGCUGGAUGUGCCUUGGAGAUUGGAAAGCACAUGGUAGCGAGUAUUAUGAGUGUUCACGAUACAAAGAAAACCCAAACAUCGCACAUGAAAGCGUUCACGCACAAGCGAGGGAAGCUCUCAAGAAAUAUCUUCACUAUUAUGAGCGAUGGGAGAAUCAUAGUAAAUCGUUGAAAUUGGAAGAACAAACGUUAGAGGGCAUCAAGAUGAGGAUCAAUAAUAAGGUGAUGAAUGCAAGUGGCACAUGGAUAGACUGGCAACAUCUGUUCGAGGCGGCAUCACUCUUAGCGCGUUGCCGUUACACCUUACAAUAUACAUAUCCAUACGCUUAUUACAUGGAACCCAGUCCGCGGAAAGAAUUGUUUGAGUAUCAACAAGCUCAAUUAGAAGCAGAAAUAGAGAACCUCUCGUGGAAAAUUGAACGAGCGGAAACAACGGAUCGGGGAGAUCUAGAGAAUCAGAUGGAUAUUGCGGAANGUUACUUUACUGAAGGAUUUCCUCGAGAUUAUCGACACAGGAAAUAAUAUCACGUGCUCUACAUCAUAAUUUAAAUAGGAGAAUUAUGAAAAUCUAAGAAUUAUAAAAAAUAACAUUAUACAGAUUAGCAUUGAUUUGUUAUGUCCAAAAAAUUUUUUCAGGUUUCAUCAAAAUAAUCGUUCGUAAUUAGAGUUACACGGCAACACACAUUACAUCUACUUAAAUUGUAAUAAUGUUACUUCACUCACAUAGAUAAAAUCAAUGGAGAAAAUAUUAAUUAUGUCGAUUGAUUUAUCGAUAUUUUGAUGUUAAAGUGUAUAUCUCUUUCUUACAAUUAGUCCAAAAGUUUUUUCAUAAGUGCACUACAAAAAACGGCUUUUCUAAAAUGUUCUCUUUCUUUCCUCAUUUUAUAUUCAGCGAAGUACAUUUAACAUUAAUCUUGCACUUUGAUAAAAGGCAUUGUAUAGGAGGUACGAGAAGUAUCGAUCAAUCAGAAAAUCGUAUGUCUUCACUGAUGUUUGCCUUUUUCCAAAUCUUAUUCAAAGUAUUGUUAAUGUUUAAGAUAUGUUCAUGUGCCCAAUGAUUAAAAAAGAAACGCCUAAUUUAAGUACUCCAGUGCCAAGAAAUAAUGGUACCAAUUUGCUGUGUACAUACUAAAAAAAAGUAAAUGUGUACGUGAAGAGAAAUAAAGAAAGAUGCGA